GAAGACGGACCCAGAAAACUGUAGCACGGCAGUGAUGGCACUGCUCUUGGACAGCAGACUUCUUCUGAGAAAAGUGAAAGAUUUAAGGUGUUUCACGCCGAGACGACACCGAGUGAAAGAGAAAUGGGCUGCCACACGUGCCAAGCAGCCUCCCACCAGCCUGGCCCUGCAGCACUUUGAUGCCACCUACGGCGGGCAGCUGGGACAGCUGUGGCCAUCAAUCCGAGUCGCCUUGCUGUCAGAGAAGAAAUACGGAGCCCUGUUCAAUAACUUCUCCCACGAGUCUAUUCUGGCACACUUAGAAGCCCAGGGAUGCAGAGACUUCAUCAGUGACACAGGUACAGAGGCUCAGCCAUCUGAGGUAGAAGUUGACGAGGAAUCCAACUGUGUUUCUAUAAAGAAAUCUGACAUUGAUGGUCAGCUACUAUCUCCUCUACAGCUUAGUCCUCACAUCAAGUGCUUAGUGUUUCCAAGAGGGGACAUCACAAGAUUCAAGCCUGCAAGACCAGACAUGUACGGGUUGUUGGGUUACUACCUGAUGGACGCAGCAUCUGUGCUGCCUGUUCUCGCGUUAGAUGUUCAAGAAGGUCACAAUGUGCUUGACCUCUGUGCUGCUCCAGGAGGCAAAACCCUGGCUUUACUUCAGACCCAGUCUAUAGGUUUUUUGUGCGUGAAUGACUCAUCGGUGUCCCGGACUUUGCGACUGAGAAGGGUUCUCCGCAGUUACGUUCCUAAGCAGUUUUUGACAGACGAGAAACUACACAUCAGCUCCCUUGACGGCACCAAGUGGGGUGAAGUCGAGAGUAACACUUUUGACAGGGUCCUUGUUGACGUCCCCUGCACCACUGACAGACAUUCACUAACAGAGGACGACAACAAUAUAUUCAGUAAGAGCAGAACUGGGGAGAGACGGAGGCUGCCAGAGCUACAGCUGGAGCUGCUACUGGCGGGAAUCGAAGCAGCUUGUCCAGGUGGGGAAAUCCUCUACUCCACCUGCACACUUUCUCAAAUCCAGAACCAGAGUGUGGUGGAGCAGGCCAUCUUCUUGGCUCAAGAGAACCACGGCAUCCGCCUUCAGGUUGUUGACCUGAGACCGCUCACACACAUGUUUAGGAAAACCUUUCACUUCGCUCCCGACCUCCACCUGGGUGAGAUGGUCAUCCCACACUUAGCCGCUAACUUUGGCCCCAUCUACAUGUGCAAGCUAAGGAGGCUUUCAUAGACUUGUGGACGGCUUUGCCUAAAAGCUUGUUGACAUUUGAAUGUCUGUGUCAAUGCUUUAUGGACUGGAUGGAGGCGAUGCUCUGGACUGGACUCUGGACUCUGGACUGUAGGAGCACAGUUGAAGGAGAAGAUUUCAUUGUGGUGGUUGACGGUUGAAACACUGGACUACUGUUGGUUAAAUGUGACAGAAAACACAAAGAAUCCAGCUGGACCUGGAACAUGACAUUAUAACUGUGGACAACACUGAGUUACAGUUUUCAUGGAGAUGUUGGACUCUGGUAAACCAAUAGGAAAGCCAAGUGAACUGCUAUCAGUUAAAACUCUGAUUUGAAUAUUUUCUUUGACUCUGUAGAUGUGCUUAUGAUUAAACCAUGUCUUA